GAUCCUUCCUGUCUGUAGAAUUCAAAGGAUGGUUUUCCGCCCCACACAGAGCAAGUGUUGUAACAAGCACCGUUAUGUAACAAGCACCGUUUCGGGUGGCGAGACGGGCGGGGACCGUGACGUGAAAGGAUUGCGCCUUUUCCAAUCAACAUUGCCAGGAAGCGCCUUAUUCAGACAAAUUUUAAACCCAGCGGGACACAUCCUGCCGUCUGUAGAAUUCAAGGGAUGUUAUGCCGCCCUGCGCCGUGCAAGGUGCUAUUUCAAACACCUAUACGGGGGAUGAGACUAGGCGGGGUCGUGACGAAGCAAUCUGUAAACAAUGCUGAGGAGAUGGUCGAUUAUGCUAGUGUACAGCUGUCGCGACAUCCUGGCCUAGUAAACAUGUCGCUGGCGGGGUUUAACGAUCGGACGAUGUGGCUAUUGUUUCGGCUACCUGGGGGUACCUGCGUGAAUCCCGCCCUCAAUUCAAACCUUUGCUAUAAGGCGUCCGGUGGACACCCUUUCACAGACACAGGCGGCUUAAACGUGCAUCAUGUCCGGAGGUCGUUCUUCAUCUGUUGCACCAGCCCAGGUCCAUAAUGCGGGAUUGACGUUGACCCAGGAGUUCAACGAGAUUUUCGCUGCGCCAACAACUGCUGAACUACAAGACCUAGAUUUUACACUAACGGAUAUUGAUCUUACCGACAAAGGGUUAAUUGACGAGCGUUACGGUUGUCCGAACCAGCCAAAUCAGAAUGACUUCCACAAAGAGCUAGCGGUGACACAGCCUGGAUCAAGCAGAACGCAAACGUCCCGCGCUGAAAGAUUGUGUCCGAAGCCAUUCAACCCAAGUGUGUUCCACGGAGAGCUAGCGGUGACACAGCCUGGAUCGAGCAGAGCACAAACGCCCAGUGAAGCAAGAUUGUGUCCGAAGCCAGUCAAACCGAGUGUGUUCCGCAAAGAGCCAGCGGUGACACAACCUGGAUCGAGCACAACGCAAACGCCCCGUAAAGGAAGAUUGAGUUUAGCUAAAAGGAGGCUCCCAGCAGAAAUAGCUGCUCAGAACACAUCAACACCAAAGCGGCAGAGGACUGAAGAACAUAACGGGUCAGUUGUUGUAAUAAGUUCUCCAGAGACAUCAGAGCACCACGAUCGCUUCCCCGAGGAAGCUCCCCGGCUCACCACGUCACACGGCCUCCCUCGAAACGUUAAUCAGGGGACAACGCUUCCUGCAGCACUAACACCCCACCGUGACAUUGUUGCUCAAGCACUCUUUACGGCUGGAAUACAGCCUCAUCCCGAUACAUUUGGCCAGACGGACGUAACAAUUCAGUCUGUACACCAGAAUAAUGACGCCGAGCUAAUAGCAGCAGCAGCAGAAGCGGAAACAGCAGCAUCAGAAGCAUCAGCACAUGAUCGGUCUCGUCCUGCCUCAUCUGCUCAGCACCCUGUAGCACAGGUCAUCCGCCGUGACGCAGGAAAACACAAGAAGAGGCGGAGUCUCAGAAGCCUGUGUUCGUCAGUCCUGAGAGUUCAGCAAAACUUCAAGCAGUUAAUCAUCAAAGCGGAUGCGACUGGUCCAAUUAUUGAUGCCGCUGCAUGGGCAGUAACGCAUAUGCCAGUUGCUACGGGACGUCAAGCUGCCCUCUACCGCCGGAAAACUGCUGCGCUUCUGAAUUACUGCGAGACUCUGAUGGUUGAACUGGUUGACCCGACGAUGCCAGUACCGUUAACCAGCUAAGUUGUAACCUGUUUAAAAAAAAAAAAAAAAAAAUGGAAAGUCAACAAAUCAGAGAGGCUCUGGAUGGAAUUGUUGAGGCUGUAAAUCAACUUCGGAAUCUCCCUGUUCAGCAUGCAACCGAAUCUGUAAAUCUUACCCCAGGAUCUCCUGUCAGACUUCAGGGGCAGACUGAUCCGGAUUGGGAUUCUGAGCGGUUUCUAUGGUUAGAACAAACCGUUGGCGAGCUAAAUGAUUCUUUCUCUCAAUCAAUCACGUGUUUGAACGACUCGCUAGAAUUUCAACAACGAGUUACAAAUGUUUUAAGUGAUAUCACCCAAAUGGUUAACGACCUCCGGAAUAUACCGGUUCAGCAGGGUCUGGGGUUUGCGGAUUUAAAUCCAGGUAAUUCACCAGAUAGACAGCAGGGUCAUACACACUCGGGUUCGAAUUAUGAGCGUUUAUCAUCACUAGAACAAGCUAUCCAUCAAUUAAAUGUUUCUGUCUCUCAAACAUUUACCUCCAAUCCUACAAGCCUUCAGUUCCCGCAGCAGCAGCAAGGUGGUCAUUUAAAUCAAAGUGAAAGAGGUGAAAAUGAUCGGUCUGGUUCUUCGCAUACUGUUUUGCAGAAUCCCUCAUCCAGUUCCCCUCAACAGCCAUGCUCGAGCCCAUCUGUCGUUCCCACGUCUAACCCAGAGGAUCAGCCAAGCACGAGUCAGUCUCAGCCAGCUGUUAACCCCGGCAUUCAACGGGAGCGAUUUAAUGUAACAGAAAUAAGACGUCCUUUCAGCGUGACAGCUUCACGACCCGGUGAAAUUCCUAACCCCGCCGAAUUUUACACACAGGUUUAUCAUCUUCUCACAGAGCUGGCGGACUCUGUUACACGUUCAGCAUCACGCAAUGAUGUUGUACAGCUUGAAUUAAGCGGCGAAGGGUUUUCCCGUCAUACAGUGGUUCAGGUAAAUGAUGACGGUGAUUCAGUUCUGCCUGCAUUUCUGGAAUUUUUAGACGAGUUAACACAGUCUAAUGAAGAAUUGCCAGGACCUGAAAACUUGGAAAUAGUACUUCAGAUUGUACGAAACCCUCACGGCGGUGCUAAACGUAAGGCGACAAAGACGUUGGACUGUGAGCUGAUUCAUAAAAAAAGACGUCACCUCUAUAUUGUUGAAAAUGCUUCUAAUCAGCUCUGCUUUGCUGCCAGUCUAGCACAUCUUUGUAACCCUGCUUUUACAGACGCCCAAGCCAUGCAUCAAGCCUCGCUGUGGCAACGGACAGCCGGCCUCACUGAGCAAACUCCUGUGACUUUCAGCGACGUGCAUAAAUUUGAAGAGAUAGUCAAUAGGAAAAUUGUUGUUUUCUUUAAAGACGACAAGGAGGCAGUGCUUCGUAAAUUUCAGACAGGCUUUUCAGAUCGUUCAAAUCCCCUUUUCCUGCUUUUGUUCAAAAGUCAUUAUUAUGGAAUAAAGAGUCUCACAGGUUUCACAGGCUCGAGGCACAUUUGUGGGUACUGCUUUAGCGGUUACGACAACAUUGGCACGCAUAGCUGUAAGGGUCACUGCUCGGUAUGCCUCGACUCAAAUUGUACUCUCCAGCAAUACAGCCCUGUGCAGUGCAUAGAUUGUAAACGAAUCUGUCGUAAUUCCAUCUGCUUAGCUAAACACAGAGAACCCACACUGAGACCUAAACUUGGUAAGCUCGUAAGUAACUGUGACACGACAAAGUUCUGCGCUGUGUGUAAACAGCUUUAUUUUGUAGCCGCAGGUGGACAGAGCAAGCCCCACGAUUGUUCAACAAAGUGCACGGUCUGUCGUCAGAAAGUGCCUCACGGUGCAGAUGUCACGUUAAACGAUCAUCUGUGCUAUAUUCAACCGACCCUGACUGAUGCGCAACUCCGCGAUAAGCUAGUUUUUUAUGAUUUUGAAACUUUUACAGAUCAAACUGGAAAACAUAUCCCGUAUCUUGUAAGCACAAAAACCUUGGCUGGGGAUGUUUGGUGUUCUUAUGGUUUGAACUGCGUCAGGGAUUUUCUGCUUCAUUUUAGAAAACCUCGGUUCAGAGGUCAUUCUUUUCUUGCCCACAACAGUCGUGGGUUUGACUCAUACUUGAUUCUAAGUGAGAUGGUUAAACUCGGCAUCAAACCGUUCUUGAUCACACAGGGGAGUAAAAUCCUUUGUUUUACUGAGCCUGAUUACAGUCUUAAAUUUAUAGACAGUCUAUCGUUCCUUACAAUGAAACUCAGUCAAAUGCCAAAAGCGUUAGGUUUUACUGAUCACUGUAAGGGUUUUUUCCCUCACUUGUUCUCCUCUGAGAAGACAUUGAACUACAUCGGCCCGCUCCCUCCACCCAGCUUCUACGCUGUGGAGCAUAUGAGCCCUGCUGAGCAGGAGCGUUUCACCGUUUGGUACAACGAGGCCUCUAAGCAUCCCUUUGACUUUAAAAAAGAAGCUCUCUAUUAUUGUCAGAAUGAUGUGGAAAUUCUCUUCAGGGCUUGUGUGAAAUUCAGAGAAGAGUUCUUUAAAGAGACAAACGUCGAUCCUUUUAAAAGCAUCACCAUAGCAGCAGCCUGUAUGAAUGUUUUCACAGCAAAUUUUCUUCCGCCUAGCACACUAGCCAUACCUUCCCCUGUGGAUUAUCGGCGUCAGUGCAAGACUUUUUCAGACGCCUCCAUUCAAUGGCUGGAGUGGGUAGCUGCUGAACGGGGCAUUUUCAUUCAACAUGCUCUUAACCGAGGUGAAAUGAAACUGGGGCCGUAUUAUGUGGACGGAUACGCGGAGGUCCGAGGCGUUCGAACUGUAUUUGAGUUUAAUGGCUGCUUUUACCAUGGUUGUCCUGAAUGUUUUCCAGCCGACCAGACGUGCCCGCUCAGAGGAGUCUGCUAUGAAAGGUUCCAUGCAGCUACCAUCGAGAGAGCCAGGGUAUUGCAGUCGGUUUACGGGGUGCGCCUGGAGGUUAUGUGGGAGCAUAGCUGGGAUUUAAUGAAGGCGUCACACUCUGGUCUCAAAAGGUUUCUGGACUGUUUCAGUGCCCCGGCACCUCUUUGCCCGCGGAACGCUCUGUUUGGGGGUAGAACCAGUGCCCUCAGGCUGAGGUACACUGCAGGGGUCGAAGAAUCUGUGCAUUAUGUAGACUUCACAUCUCUGUAUCCGUUUGUGAAUGCUAGCUGCAGCUAUCCACUAGGCCAUCCCGAAAUCAUAUGCAAAGAUUUCGACGAUCCCCGUAGCUACUUUGGACUUAUCAGAGCGACCGUGUACCCGCCUCGUGGUCUGUUUUUUCCCGUUUUGCCGUACAGGACCGCUACCGGUAAACUGGUGUUCACACUGUGCCGGGCUUGCGCUGAGUUGAACUACCAGACGGGCCCUUGUACCCACUCUGACCAAGAGAGAGCGCUAACAGGUGUAUGGGUAAGUGUGGAAUUCAACAAGGCUCUUGAGCUGGGAUAUAGGCUUGCUAAAAUCACUGAGGUCUGGCAUUUUGAAAAACAGAGCAGUUCAAUCUUUAAACCAUAUAUCCACACUUUUUUGAAGGGUAAACAGGAAGCUUCAGGUUUUCCCGCUGAAGCUACGGAUGAGGAAAGUCGUUUGAAAUAUGUGGCAGACUACAAACGUGAGCAGGGCAUCCAACUAGAUGUACGUAAGAUUGAGGUGAAUCCGGCUAAAAGACAAGUUGCUAAAUUGUGUCUGAACAGUUUUUGGGGCAAAUUUGCACAGAGAAAUGAUUUGGCUCAGACAAGCAUUGUGAGCGAGCCCGAAGAGUUUUUUAACUUCCUUUUUUCAGGUAAAUACGCAGUCAGCUACUUUCACUUCCUGAAUGAUGAAAUGUGCAUGGUUCAGUGGAAAUACAGCAAGCGUUGUAUUUCUCCACCCAACAAGGUGAAUAACGUCUUCAUUGCUGCCUUUACAACUGCUCAUGCUCGUCUGAAAUUGUACACCUGUCUUGAACAACUUCAGGACCGCGUUCUGUACAUUGACACCGACAGUCUGAUCUAUGUGGUUAAACCGGGUCAGACCUCCCUCAAGCUCGGUAACCUUCUGGGGGACUUGACUGAUGAAUUAUCAGGUGAUUUUAUACAAGAGUAUGUCUCCGCAGGCCCAAAGAGCUACGCUUACCAGACCAGACACCGAAAACAAGUGGUGAUGAAGUUUAAAGGCAUCACUCAGACUCAUCAGUGCAGUGAGAGGGUGAAUUUUGACAGCGUGAAAGACCUGGUAGAAGGUUAUCUGCAAGGUUCUACAGGGGAUGUUUUACAGGCUCCACAGCACACCAUCAGAAGGAAUAAAAGGAGCUUCCAGCUUCAAAAUGCAGCAUUUCAGAAAAAGGUGCGCGUCGUUUAUGAUAAAAGAAGGCUUUUUCCUGAUGGGACAACCCUUCCAUUUGGCUAUUAAAAGGUUAACUGUGGGGGAAAAAAAAAAAAUGUCUCUCUCCCAUGAAACACAGGAGGUUGAAUUCGAUCCUAGAUUCAAAACCCCUUUUUCACUUCUAAUAGCAGGGCCGAGUGGCUGUGGAAAAUCUUUUUUUGUUAAAACUGUUUUGCAGAAUUGUAACCAUGUUAUGGAUGUUGUUCCUGUAAAUAUUGUUUGGAUUUACACCUGUUUUCAAAGUAUGUAUUCUGAAUUGCAGAAAAUGAAUAAAAAGAUUAAAUUCAU